UGAGAGCGUGAGGAGGAGCCGCCGCCACCGCCUCCUCGCUGUCCUCGUCCUCCUGGGCCCCCCAGCGUCGCGGGCCGCGCGCUGCCCUGGAAGGGACGUCGCCUCGCCUGCCUCCGCCUCCCCCUCGCCGCGCCGCGCCGCUCCCGCCUCCUGCUCCUGCGUUGCGGACUCCGGCGGAACCCGGAACGGCCGUCCGCCUCCCCCGCCCUCCGCCGCCCCCUCCGCGGCUUCCUCCUCUUCCUCCUCCUCCUCAGCCCCGGGCCAGAUCGCAGUGUCGGCAGCGGCCGGUUCAGGCGGCGACUCGCGCUUCUUCGGGCGGCGGCGCUUGGCCAUGUCGUGUCGGGGAAGGUAAUGAGCCGCAGAGCCCCGGGGUCUCGGCUGAGCAGCGGCGGCGGCGGCGGCGGCACCAAGUACCCGCGGAGCUGGAAUGACUGGCAACCCAGAUUGACUUGAUGCAAAACACCACAAAGGCUCCAUAUUACACAGUAUGCGAUUUUUGAGAACUGAUAGUGCAUCAGCCGACUCAGAUACUUUAAAAUACUCCUCAUCCAGAGAUAGGGGUGUUUCUUCCUCUUAUGGACCGCAACCUUCAAAUUCAGCUGUGGUGUCUCGGCAAAGGCACGAUGAUAGCAGAGGCCAUGCUGACAUACAGAAUGACGAAAAGGGUGGCUACAGUGUCAAUGGAGGAUCUGGGGAAAAUACUUAUGGUCGGAAGUCGUUGGGGCAAGAGCUGAGGGUUAACAAUGUGACCAGCCCUGAGUUUACCAGUGUUCAGCAUGGCAGUCGUGCGUUAGCCACCAAAGACAUGAGGAAAUCACAGGAGCGAUCGAUGUCGUACUCAGAUGAGUCUCGACUGUCGAAUCUUCUUCGGAGGAUCACCCGGGAAGAUGACAGAGACCGAAGACUGGCUACUGUAAAACAGCUGAAGGAGUUUAUUCAGCAGCCAGAAAAUAAAGUGGUGCUAGCUAAGCAGUUGGAUAACAUCUUGGCUGCUGUUCAUGAUGUGCUGAAUGAAAGUAGCAAGUUGCUUCAGGAGUUGAGGCAAGAGGGAGCUUGCUGUCUUGGCCUUCUCUGUGCUUCUCUGAGCUACGAGGCUGAGAAGAUCUUCAAGUGGAUUUUUAGCAAAUUUAGCUCAUCUGCCAAAGAUGAAGUGAAGCUCCUCUACCUGUGUGCCACCUACAAAGCGCUGGAGACUGUUGGGGAGAAGAAAGCCUUUUCCUCGGUGAUGCAGCUUGUGAUGACCAGCCUACAGUCUAUUCUUGAAAAUGUGGAUACACCAGAAUUACUUUGCAAAUGUGUUAAGUGCAUUCUUUUGGUGGCUCGAUGCUACCCUCAUAUUUUCAGCACUAAUUUUAGAGAUACAGUUGAUAUAUUAGUUGGAUGGCACAUAGAUCAUACCCAGAAACCCUCCCUCACACAGCAGGUGUCUGGGUGGUUGCAGAGUUUGGAGCCAUUUUGGGUAGCUGACCUUGCAUUUUCUACCACUCUUCUUGGUCAGUUUCUAGAAGACAUGGAAGCAUAUGCUGAGGACCUCAGCCAUGUGGCCUCCGGGGAGUCAGUGGAUGAAGAUGUUCCUCCUCCAUCAGUGUCAUUACCAAAGCUGGCAGCACUUCUCCGUGUGUUCAGUACUGUUGUGAGGAGCAUUGGGGAACGCUUCAGCCCAAUUCGGGGUCCACCAAUUACUGAAGCAUAUGUCACAGAUGUUCUAUACAGAGUAAUGAGAUGCGUGACGGCUGCAAACCAAGUGUUUUUUUCUGAGGCUGUGUUGACAGCUGCUAAUGAGUGUGUUGGUGUUUUGCUCGGCAGCUUGGAUCCUAGCAUGACUAUACAUUGUGACAUGGUCAUUACAUAUGGAUUAGACCAACUGGAGAGUUGCCAGACUUGUGGUACCGAUUAUAUCAUCUCAGUCUUGAAUUUGCUCACAUUGAUUGUUGAGCAGAUAAAUACAAAACUCCCAUCAUCAUUUGUAGAAAAGCUUUUUAUACCAUCAUCUAAACUACUAUUUUUACGAUAUCAUAAAGAAAAAGAGGUUGUUGCUGUGGCUCAUGCUGUUUAUCAGGCAGUGCUCAGCUUGAAGAAUAUUCCUGUUCUGGAGACUGCUUAUAAAUUAAUUUUGGGAGAAAUGACUUGUGCACUAAACAAUCUGCUGCACAGUCUCCAGCUCCCUGAUGCCUGUUCUGAGAUUAAGCACGAGGCUUUUCAGAAUCAUGUAUUCAACAUCGACAAUGCCAACUUUGUAGUUAUAUUUGAUCUCAGUGCCCUGACUACAAUUGGAAAUGCCAAAAAUUCAUUAAUUGGGAUGUGGGCACUGUCUCCAACUGUGUUUGCACUGCUGAGUAAGAAUCUGAUGAUUGUGCAUAGUGACCUGGCUGUUCACUUCCCUGCCAUUCAGUAUGCGGUGCUCUACACCCUGUAUUCCCAUUGUACCAGGCACGAUCACUUCAUAUCCAGCAGUCUGAGCUCUUCAUCCCCCUCCUUAUUUGAUGGCGCCGUGAUUAGCACUGUGACCACAGCCACAAAGAAACACUUCUCAAUUAUAUUAAAUCUUUUGGGAAUAUUGCUAAAAAAAGAUAAUCUUAACCAGGACACAAGGAAACUGUUAAUGACAUGGGCUUUGGAAGUGGCUGUAUUAAUGAAGAAGUCUGAAACAUACGCGCCUUUAUUCUCCCUUCCAUCUUUUCACAAAUUUUCCAAUGGUCUUUUAGCCAACACUCUUGUUGAAGAUGUGAAUAUCUGCAUGCAAGCAUGCAGCAGUCUCCAUGCUCUGUCCUCUUCCUUGCCAGAUGAUCUGCUACAGAGGUGUGUUGACGUCUGCCGUGUUCAGCUGGUCCAUAGUGGAACUCGCAUUCGACAGGCCUUUGGAAAACUGUUGAAGUCAAUCCCUUUAGAUGUUGUACUAAGCAAUAACAAUCACACAGAGAUUCAGGAGAUUUCUCUGGCAUUGAGAAGCCACAUGAGUAAAGCACCAAGUAACACGUUCCACCCUCAGGACUUUUCUGAUGUCAUCAGUUUCAUUUUGUAUGGAAACUCUCACCGAAUAGGGAAGGACAAUUGGUUAGAAAGAUUGUUCUAUAGCUGCCAGAGGCUGGAUAAGCGUGACCAGUCCACAAUUCCCCGCAAUCUCCUCAAGACAGAUGCUGUCCUUUGGCAGUGGGCUAUUUGGGAAGCUGCGCAGUUCACUGUUCUGUCAAAGCUGCGAACCCCCCUGGGCAGAGCCCAGGACACGUUCCAGACAAUUGAAGGUAUCAUUAGAAGUCUUGCAGCCCACACACUAAACCCUGACCAGGAUGUUAGCCAGUGGACCACUGCAGAUAAUGACGAGGGCCACGGGAGCAAUCAGCUUAGGCUUGUUCUUCUGCUUCAGUAUCUAGAGAACCUGGAGAAAUUAAUGUAUAAUGCCUAUGAGGGAUGUGCGAACGCUCUGACAUCACCGCCCAAGGUCAUUAGGACUUUUUUCUAUACAAAUCGACAGACUUGCCAAGACUGGCUCACUCGGAUCCGCCUUUCCAUCAUGAGGGUUGGAUUGCUGGCAGGUCAGCCUGCAGUGACAGUGAGACAUGGCUUUGACUUACUGACUGAAAUGAAAGCAAAUAGUCUAUCUCAGGGAAAUGAAUUGGAAGUAACUAUCAUGAUGGUGGUUGAAGCACUGUGUGAGCUCCAUUGUCCUGAAGCAAUACAGGGAAUUGCAGUCUGGUCAUCUUCAGCUGUUGGUAAAAACCUUCUCUGGAUUAAUUCAGUGGCCCAGCAGGCCGAAGGAAGGUUUGAAAAGGCCUCUGUGGAGUACCAGGAGCACCUAUGUGCAAUGACCGGUGUUGAUUGCUGCAUCUCCAGCUUUGACAAGUCUGUUCUUACAUUGGCCAAUGCUGGACGUAACAGUGCCAGCCCCAAACACUCUCUAAAUGGUGAAUCCAGAAAAACUGUGCUGUCCAAACCAACUGACUCUUCCCCUGAAGUUAUCAACUACCUAGGAAAUAAGGCCUGUGAAUGCUACAUCUCUAUUGCUGACUGGUCUGCUGUGCAGGAGUGGCAGAACGCGGUCCACGACCUGAAGAAGAACACUGGCAGCACCUCACUCAGUCUGAAAGCUGAUUUCAACUAUAUCAAGUCACUAAGCAGCUUCGAGUCUGGAGAGUUUGUUGAAUGCACUGAGCAAUUGGAAUUAUUACCAGGAGAAAAUAUUAAUCUGCUUGCUGGAGGGUCAAAAGAAAAAAUAGAUAUGAAAAAGCUGCUUCCUAACAUGCUAAGCCCAGACCCACGGGAGCUUCAGAAAUCCAUUGAAGUCCAACUGUUAAGAAGCUCGGUCUUCUUGGCAACUGCUGUAAACCAUGUGGAACAAGAUCAGAAAUGGCAAUCCUUAACCGAAAAUGUGGUAAAGUACUUGAAGCAAACCUCACGCAUAGCUAUUGGACCACUAAGACUGUCUACGCUCACAGUGUCGCAGUCCUUGCCAGUACUGAGUACCCUGCAGCUGUACUGCUCAUCUGCUCUUGAAAACACAGUUUCUAAUAGACUUUCAACAGAGGACUGUCUUAUCCCACUCUUCAGUGAUGCCCUUCGUUCAUGUAAACAGCAUGAUGUGCGGCCGUGGAUGCAGGCAUUGAGGUACACUAUGUACCAGAAUCAGCUGUUAGAGAAAAUUAAAGAACAAACAGUUCCAAUUAGAAGCCAUCUCAUGGAAUUAGGUCUGACGGCGGCAAAAUUUGCUAGAAAACGGGGGAAUGUGUCACUGGCAACAAGACUGCUAGCACAGUGCAGCGAGGUUCAGCUGGGAAAGACAACCACUGCCCAGGACUUAGUCCAACAUUUUAAAAAACUGUCCACUCAAGGUCCUGUGGAUGAAAAGUGGGGACCUGAGCUUGAUAUUGAAAAAACCAAGUUAUUAUAUACAGCAGGCCAAUCAACACACGCAAUGGAAAUGUUGAGUUCUUGUGCCAUAUCUUUUUGCAAGUCUGCAAAAGCUGAAUAUGCUGUGGCUAAGUCAAUUCUGACCCUGGCUAAAUGGGUCCAGGCUGAAUGGAAAGAGAUUUCAGGACAGCUGAGACAGGUGUAUAGAGCUCAGCAGCAGCAGAACCUCCCAGGCCUUUCUACUUUGUCUAGGAACAUACUCACUCUAAUAGAGCUACCAUCUGCUAGCACUGUGGGAGAAGAACACCCUCGGAUUGAGAGCGAAUCUACAGUGCAUAUUGGUGUUGGAGAACCUGACUUCAUUUUGGGACAGUUGUACCAUCUUUCUUCAGUGCAGGCACCUGAAGUAGCCAAAUCGUGGGCAGCAUUGGCUAGUUGGGCUUAUAGGUGGGGCAGAAAGGUGGUUGACAAUGCCAGUCAGGGAGAAGGUGUUCGUCUGUUGCCUAGAGAAAAAUCUGAAGUUCAAAAUCUGCUUCCAGAUACUAUAACUGAAGAAGAGAAAGAGAGAAUAUAUGGUAUUCUUGGACAAGCAGUAUGUCGGCCAGCAGGAAUUCAGGAUGAAGAUAUAACACUUCAGAUAACAGAAAGUGAAGAUAAUGAGGAAGAUGACAUGGUUGAUGUUAUCUGGCGGCAGUUAAUCUCAAGCUGCCCAUGGCUUUCUGAACUCGAUGAAAAUGCAACUGAAGGUGUCAUUAAAGUGUGGAGGAAAGUUGUAGACAGAAUCUUCAGCCUGUAUAAACUGUCUUGCAGUGCAUAUUUUACUUUCCUUAAGCUCAAUGCUGGUCAGAUUCUGUUAGAUGAAGAUGACCCCAGGCUCCAUCUAAGUCACAGAGCAGAGCAGAGCACUGAUGAUGUGAUUGUGAUGGCUACCCUGCGGCUGCUGAGGUUGCUGGUGAAGCAUGCUGGUGAGCUCCGGCAGUAUCUGGAACAUGGCUUGGAGACAACACCUACUGCUCCAUGGAGAGGAAUUAUUCCACAGCUUUUCUCACGCCUAAACCACCCUGAAGUGUAUGUACGCCAAAGUAUUUGUAACCUUCUUUGUCGUGUGGCCCAAGAUUCCCCACACCUCAUACUGUACCCUGCAAUAGUAGGAACCAUAUCGCUUAGCAGUGAAUCCCAGGCUUCAGGAAAUAAGUUUUCCUCUGCAAUCCCAACUUUACUUGGAAAUAUUCAAGGAGAAGAACUGCUGGUUUCUGACUGUGAAGGAGGAAGUCCUCCUGCUUCUCAAGACAGCAGCAGAGAUGAACCUAAAAGUGGUUUAAAUGAAGACCAGGCCAUGAUGCAGGAUUGCUACAGCAAAAUUGUAGAUAAGCUGUCCUCUGCCAACCCAACGAUGGUCUUACAGGUCCAGAUGCUUGUGGCAGAGCUCCGUAGGGUCACUGUGCUCUGGGAUGAGCUCUGGCUGGGAGUUCUGUUACAGCAGCACAUGUACGUCCUGAGGCGCAUCCAGCAGCUGGAGGACGAGGUGAAGAGAGUCCAGAACAACAACACCUUGCGCAAAGAAGAGAAAAUUGCCAUCAUGCGGGAGAAGCACACAGCGCUGAUGAAGCCUAUUGUGUUUGCUCUGGAGCAUGUGCGAAGCAUCACCGCUGCCCCUGCAGAGACUCCUCACGAAAAGUGGUUUCAGGAUAACUAUGGUGAUGCCAUCGACAAUGCCCUCGAAAAACUAAAGACCCCAUCAAACCCUGCCAAGCCUGGAAGCAGCUGGAUUCCAUUUAAAGAGAUAAUGCUGAGUUUGCAACAGAGAGCGCAGAAACGUGCAAGCUACAUCUUGAGACUUGAUGAGAUCAGUCCUUGGUUGGCUGCCAUGACUAACACUGAAAUUGCACUUCCUGGAGAAGUCUCAGCCAGAGACACUGUAACAAUUCACAGUGUGGGUGGAACUAUCACCAUCUUACCAACUAAAACCAAGCCCAAGAAGCUCCUCUUUCUUGGAUCAGAUGGGAAGAGCUAUCCUUACCUUUUCAAAGGACUAGAAGACUUGCAUCUGGAUGAGAGAAUCAUGCAGUUCUUAUCUAUUGUGAAUACUAUGUUUGCUACAAUUAACCGGCAGGAAACACCUCGUUUCCAUGCACGACACUAUUCUGUAACGCCACUGGGGACGAGGUCAGGGCUGAUCCAGUGGGUAGACGGAGCCACACCAUUGUUUGGUCUUUAUAAGCGAUGGCAACAACGAGAAGCUGCCUUACAAGCACAAAAGGCCCAAGAUUCCUACCAAACUCCUCAGAAUCCCAGCAUUGUUCCUCGUCCCAGUGAACUUUACUAUAGUAAAAUUGGCCCAGCUUUGAAAACAGUUGGCCUUAGCCUGGAUGUGUCAAGGAGGGAUUGGCCCCUCCACGUGAUGAAGGCAGUGUUGGAAGAGUUAAUGGAGGCCACACCCCCAAACCUCCUGGCCAAAGAGCUCUGGUCAUCUUGUACCACUCCUGAUGAGUGGUGGAGAGUCACACAGUCCUAUGCAAGAUCUACUGCUGUCAUGUCUAUGGUUGGCUACAUAAUUGGCCUUGGAGACAGACAUCUGGAUAACGUGCUCAUAGAUAUGACAACUGGAGAAGUAGUUCACAUAGAUUACAAUGUUUGUUUUGAGAAAGGUAAAAGCCUUAGAGUUCCUGAGAAAGUGCCUUUUCGUAUGACACAAAACAUUGAGACAGCACUGGGUGUGACUGGAGUGGAAGGUGUUUUCAGGCUUUCCUGUGAGCAGGUUCUCCACAUUAUGCGACGAGGCCGAGAGACUCUGCUUACGCUCUUGGAGGCCUUUGUGUAUGACCCCUUGGUGGACUGGACAGCUGGCGGUGAGGCUGGGUUUGCAGGCGCUGUCUAUGGUGGAGGUGGCCAGCAGGCUGAAAGCAAGCAGAGCAAGCGAGAGAUGGAGCGUGAGAUUACCCGUAGCCUCUUUUCUUCCAGAGUCGCUGAGAUUAAGGUGAACUGGUUUAAGAAUCGGGAUGAGAUGCUGGUUGUGCUUCCCAAGCUGGACAGCAGCUUAGACGAGUAUCUGAGCCUGCAGGAGCAGCUGACAGAUGUUGAAAAACUGCAAGGCAAACUGCUAGAGGAAAUAGAAUUUCUAGAAGGAGCUGAAGGAGUGGACCAUCCAUCUCGUACUCUGCAACACAGAUAUUCUGAGCAUACUCAGCUACAGACCCAGCAGCGAGCUGUUGAGGAGGCAGUCCAGGUGAAGCUGAAUGAGUUUGAACAGUGGAGAGCACAGUACCAGGCUGCAUUCAGUAACUUGGAAGCCACCCAGCUUGCAAGUUUGCUUCAGGAGAUAAGCACACAAAUGGACCUUGGUCCUCCAAGCUAUGUACCGGCAACAGCCUUUCUACAGAAUGCUGGCCAAGCCCACCUCAUCAGCCAGUGUGAGCAGCUGGAGGGGGAAGUCGGCGCCCUCCUGCAGCAGAGGCGUUCUGUGCUUCGUGGCUGUCUGGAACAGCUGCAUCACUAUGCAACUGUCGCCCUGCAGUAUCCAAAAGCCAUAUUUCAGAAACAUCGGAUUGAACAGUGGAAGGCCUGGAUGGAAGAGCUUAUCUGCAACACCACUGUAGAGCGCUGCCAAGAACUCUAUAGGAAAUACGAAAUGCAGUAUGCUCCUCAGCCACCUCCAACAGUGUGUCAGUUCAUCACUGCCACUGAAAUGACUCUUCAGCGGUAUGCAGCAGACAUAAACAGCAGACUUAUUAGACAAGUAGAACGCUUGAAACAAGAAGCCGUCACUGUACCAGUUUGUGAAGAUCAGUUGAAAGAAAUUGAGCGUUGCAUUAAAGUUUUUCUUCAUGAGAAUGGAGAAGAGGGAUCUCUCAGUCUAGCAAGUGUCAUUAUUUCUGCCCUUUGCACUCUUACACGACGCAACCUUAUGAUGGAAGGUGCAGCAUCAAGUGCUGGGGAGCAGCUGGUUGAUCUGACAUCCCGAGACGGAGCCUGGUUUCUAGAGGAGCUGUGCAGUAUGAGUGGAAAUGUCACCUGCCUGGUGCAGUUACUGAAGCAGUGUCACCUGGUACCACAGGACCUGGACAUUCCCAACCCAGUGGAAGCAUCUGAAGCUGUUCAUUUAGCCAAUGGAGUGUACACAUCCCUGCAGGAAUUAAAUUCAAAUUUCCGGCAAAUAAUAUUCCCAGAAGCACUUAGAUGUUUAAUGAAGGGGGAGUGCACCUUAGAAAGUAUGCUCCAAGAACUGGACAGUCUCAUCGAGCAGACGACUGAUGGCGUUCCUCUGCAGACUCUGGUGGAGGCGCUUCAAGCCUACUUACGAAACACAGCCAUGGGGCUUGAAGAAGAAACUCAUGCUCAUUAUAUUGAUGUUGCCAGAAUGCUACAUGCUCAGUAUGGUGAAUUAAUCCAACCAAGAAAUGGUUCAGUUGAUGAAACACCAAAAAUGUCAGCUGGCCAGAUGCUUUUGGUAGCAUUUGAUGGCAUGUUUGCCCAAGUUGAAACUGCUUUUGGCUUAUUAGUUGAGAAGUUAAACAAGAUGGAAAUUCCUGUUGCCUGGAGGAAGAUUGACAUUAUUCGAGAAGCCAGAAGUACCCAAGUCAACUUUUUUGAUGAUGACAAUCACCGUCAGGUGCUAGAAGAGAUUUUCUUUUUAAAAAGACUACAGACAAUUAAGGAGUUCUUCAGGCUCUGUGGCACCUUCUCUAAAACAUUGUCAGGAUCAAGUUCACUUGAAGAUCAGAGUUCUGUGAAUGGACCUGGACAGAUUGUUAACGUGAAAGCCCUCUUUAGAAACUCUUGCUUCAGUGAAGACCAAAUGGCCAAGCCUAUCAAGGCCUUUACAGCCGACUUUGUAAGGCAGCUCUUGAUAGGACUCCCAAACCAAGCCCUUGGACUCACACUGUGUAGCUUCAUCAGUGCUCUGGGUGUAGACAUCAUUGCUCAGGUGGAGGCAAAGGACUUUGGUGCUGAAAGCAAAGUUUCUGUUGACGAUCUGUGUAAGAAAGCUGUGGAGCACAACAUCCAGGCCGGGAGGUUCUCACAGCUGGUCAUGAACAGGGCCACUGUGCUAGCCAGCUCUUACGACACGGCCUGGAAGAAGCACGACCUGGUGCGCAGGCUGGAAACCAGCAUCUCUUCCUGUAAGACAAGCCUGCAGCGGGUGCAGUUGCACAUUGCCAUGUUCCAGUGGCAACAUGAAGACCUCCUUAUCAACAGACCACAAGCCAUGUCAGUCACCCCCCCUCGGUCUGCAAUUCUGACCAGCAUGAAGAAGAAACUGCAUGCUCUCAGUCAGAUUGAGACUUCAAUUGGAACUGUUCAGGAGAAACUAGCAGCCCUUGAAGCAAGCAUUGAGCAGCGGCUGAAGUGGGCAGGUGGUGCAAACCCUGCACUGGCACCAGUACUACAAGAUUUUGAAGCAACAAUAGCUGAAAGAAGGAAUCUUGUCCUCAAAGAGAGCCAGAGAGCUAACCAGGUCACUUUUCUCUGCAGCAAUAUCAUUCAUUUUGAAAGUCUACGAACAAGAACUGCAGAAGCCUUAAGCCUGGAUGCUUCCUUAUUUGAACUAAUCAAACGGUGUCAGCAGAUGUGUUCAUUUGCAUCACAGUUCAACAGUUCAGUUUCUGAGCUAGAGCUUCGUUUAUUACAGAGAGUGGACACAACUCUUGAACAUCCUAUUGGCAGUUCUGAGUGGCUUCUGUCAGCUCAUAAACAGUUGACCCAAGAUAUGUCCACCCAAAGGGCUGUUCAGACAGAGAAGGAACAACAGAUAGAGACCAUCUGUGAGACCAUCCAGAGCCUAGUAGACAGCGUAAAAACUGUGCUCACAGGUCACAACCGGCAGCUUGGAGAUGUAAAGCAUCUCCUGAAAGCCAUGGCUAAGGAUGAAGAGGCUGCUCUAGCAGAUGCUGAAGAUAUCCCCUAUGAGAGCAGUGUCAGGCAGUUCCUGGCUGAAUAUAAAUCAUGGCAAGACAACAUUCAGACGGUUUUGUUCACAUUAGUCCAGGCCAUGGGUCAGGUUCGAAGUCAAGAACAUGUUGAAAUGUUACAGGAAAUCACUCCCACCUUAAAAGAACUGAAGACACAAAGCCAGAGUAUCUAUAAUAAUUUAGUGAGUUUUGCAUCACCCUUAGUCACCGACGCAGCAAACGAGUGUUCAAGUCCAACAUCAUCUGCUCCUUACCAGCCAUCUUUUGCUGCAGCGGUCCGGAGUAACACUGGCCAGAAGACUCAGCCUGAUGUUAUGUCUCAGAAUGCUAAAAAACUGAUUCAGAAAAAUCUGGCUACAUCAGCAGAUACUCCACCAAGCACCAUCCCAGGGACUGGCAAGAGCAUCGCUUGUAGUCCCAAAAAGGCUGUCAGAGACCCUAAAACUGGGAAAGCUGUGCAAGAGAGAAACUCCUAUGCAGUGAGUGUAUGGAAGAGAGUGAAAGCCAAGCUAGAGGGCCGAGAUGUUGAUCCAAAUAGGAGGAUGUCAGUUGCUGAGCAGGUUGACUAUGUCAUUAAGGAAGCAACUAAUCUAGAUAACUUGGCUCAGCUGUAUGAAGGUUGGACAGCCUGGGUGUGAAUGGCAACACAGUAGAUGAGUCUGGUUAAGCGAGGUCAGACAUCCACCAGAAUCAACUCAGCCUCAGGCAUCCAGAGCCACAUCACAGUCGGUGGUGAUGCAACUGGGGGCUUACUCUGAGGAAACCUAGGAAAUCUCGGUGUACUAGGAAGUGAAUCCUGCAGGACAGCUGCACUCAGGGAUACGCCCAACACCAUGGCCAGGGUCAAAGGUGAAGAAAGCAAGCUCACUGCCUGCACACGGAGAUUGUCUUUCUGCCACAGAACAGCUGCAAACGUGUCAGGAGGUUAGCUGAGAAAGAAAUCGGGCUGCUGCGGAGCACAGAGUGACUUGGAACUCCAUUCCACCUGACCCUGUGUGAACAAUCCAGGAAAACAAACCCGCUCAGAAACAGAGAGAACUGGGGCCGCGAAGAAUUCACAGCCACGGAAGAGGUGAUGCAUUCAGAAUCUCAAGAAACGUUUGCCGCUCGGCAACAGUACUGGUUGGGUUGACCAGUUAAGUACCAAAAGGCUAUGCUGUAUGAAUUUUAGAAGUGUACUGAGAAAAUGGAGAGCAGUGUAACAGACACACUACAAUGGAAGAAAUGACUUCUGAAAUGAAGGGAAAAGCACCCAUGAAUCCCACUCCUUCCCAUCGCUUACCUGUUUCCCCGCUCCCUAUUGACCUGCUCUGGUAGAUUAGCCAGUGUCAAACACACUUUUAUUUCAAUCCUUACACUUCAUAAACUUUUGUCUCCUCCACACUGUUACCAUAUUUGGAGACAGAAACAGGAGCUUCUCCAAAUCCAGUGAAAACAUGGAAAAUUCAAAGGAUUGUUUAAAGGUGUGAUCAUCACAUACAAGAUGUAACUGGUUAUUUCAGUCAUAUCUGUGACUCUUAUCAUGUACAGUUCAGAAUUGUCACUGUGCAUCCGAACGUGAUGAGUCUUAACAGACACUGAUUUCAUGUGCACUCCCCUCUGCUUACAGUGUGCAUUUUUUGGAGGUCAUUCAAAUUUUCCUUCUUCUGUGAUUGCUGUAGUUUCUUUCAUAGAAAGUAGCUGAUCUGAUGUAAUCUUUUACCUUUUAAACAACCAGGAUAGAGAACCUAUUGGAGUUUGCAUUGUUGAUGACAGGUUCACAAUAAAGUGAUGUUCUGGUGGAGGUAGAGUGAAAUGUUUUUUAAUUCAGUUUUCUCAUUGAUACUUUUAAUUUACGAAGUGUAAUUUUCUUUUAUGUUUCAGGGUGUAAAUUAAAGGUUUGCCUGCCAUUUGGGGGUUUGCUAGUGCUGCCCACCAACACCUCUGAGCGCGGUGGGCAGUCUGUGAGGGGCUUGUUUGCCUUCUGCAUCUUUUCAUGGCUUGCUGUUUGUUGAGUGAUGAGCCUAGUGAGUCACGAUCAAGGCACCCUUCAGUUUAGCAUUUUCAGUACUCACUGCUGAUCCUCAACAGACGUCCAGACUAGAAUAGAGCUAAAAAUCAAGUAUCAGCAGAGUAGCACACAGUAUUUUAAGUCCGAUUUCCCUACAUUUUAGCAACUAAUGUGGUGGCUACUUAUCUUCGCUAGCCUCUACACACAAGCCUCAAGGGCCCUGUGGAAGCACUCCGUGUGGCUCUGGGCUCUUCUCUAAAAGCUACGAGUUGAAUUCUAAUCCUUACAGGAUGGAUGCCAUUGUUAAGUCAGCACUUUCUUAAUUAUGAGUGUUGGAAGAUGCUGUUUUCAGUUUCCACGUGUCCAAUGACAAGGAAUCUAGCACGUUGCAUUUGAUUUUGAGCCUUAUUUUUACAAAACACCCUAGUUGGAAUAUUAAUGCUGUUCCUGUGUUUUGCAUGCUGCUUUCUUCCCUAGAGGCAUGGAGGGCAACUGUACUUGGUAACUUUUGUUCUCUCGUAAUAUGUCAUUUUCAGCCAUUCUUCAUGCCAGGAAGAACUUUUGUCACGAUGAUAAAACCAGCUGAAACUUCUUUGUCCCUGUGGGUAGGUUGUGGUAGUGGUCAGAAUGGCUUCUGCUUUGGUAAUAGGUGACAUUUAUUCUCUAGGAGUUUCAGGCAUCACAAGUACCUGGCAUCUUAAUCCAAACAAAAAUAAGACAACUUAGAAAAAAA